CCUCUCUACUGGAAGGAGCUGCGGUCACGUGACUGCUGACGUCAGCGUGGAAAUGGCAGCUUCCUGCUUUGUAAAUUAACACAAGGUCCACGGCUGGUGCAUUAAAGUAGCUCCCACUUUUAACACGGGAAUCAGUCUCCGGGACCAUCCAGCGGACACAAGCAUGUCUCCAAAGAUCACAGGAGAGCUGCUCAGGCAGCUUCGCCAGGCCAUGAGAAACUGUAAAUACUUCUCUGAGCCUAUUCAAGCCUACAUUGUCCCGUCUGGAGACGCACACCAGAGCGAGUACAUCGCCCCGUGUGACUGCAGGCGGGAAUUCAUCUGUGGAUUCAAUGGCUCUGCUGGUACCGCCAUCAUCACAGAGCAGCACGCCGCGAUGUGGACCGAUGGCCGGUAUUUCCUCCAGGCCAGCCAGCAGAUGGACAACAACUGGUCCCUGAUGAAGAUGGGACUGAAGGAGACGCCCUCUCAGGAGGACUGGCUGAUUAGUGUCCUGCCUGAGAACUCCAGGGUGGGAGUGGAUCCCUGGAUCAUUGCUGCUGACCAGUGGAAGAAUAUGUCCAAGGCCCUGACCAGUGCCGGUCACUCACUGGUGGCGCUGCAGGACAAUCUGAUCGACGUUGUCUGGACCGAUCGCCCAGAAAGACCCAGUACACUACUGCGCACCUUGGGCUUAGAGUACACUGGUGUUUCCUGGCACGACAAGAUCACUGCGCUGCGAGCCAAGAUGACUGAGAGGAAAGUCACCUGGUUUGUUGCAACAGCGCUGGACGAGAUCGCGUGGCUUUUUAACCUCCGUGGUGCGGAUAUCGAGUACAACCCAGUUUUCUUUGCCUAUACCAUCGUGGGGAUGAACACAAUAAGGCUGUUUGUGGACCUGAAGCGUCUGUGUGACCCGGCACUGAGGCAACACCUGCAGCUGGACUCCCCCAGCAAGCCCGAGCUGAGCGUGCAGACGUUCCCGUACGAGUCAGUGUACACCGAGCUGCAGGCCAUCUGCGCCGCGCUCGGCCCCAAAGACAAAGUGUGGAUCUGUGACAAGGCCAGUUGUGCCCUCACACAGGUCAUCCCCAAGGUCCACAGGACUCCAAUCCCCUACACCCCGCUCUGCCUCGCCAAGGCCGUGAAGAACGCCACCGAGAUUCAAGGCAUGAAAAUGGCCCAUAUCAAGGAUGCAGUCGCUCUCUGUCAGCUCUUCGCUUGGUUGGAAAAGGAGAUACCAAAAGGUACGGUGACCGAGAUCUCAGCGGCUGAUAAAGCUGAAGAAUUUCGCAGUCAACAGAAAGACUUUGUUGGUCUCAGUUUCCCCACAAUCUCUAGUGUCGGUCCGAACGGAGCGAUCAUACAUUACAGACCACUGCCUGAAACAAACAGAAACCUCACCAUGAAUGAAGUUUACCUGAUCGACUCUGGAGCGCAGUACAUUGAUGGAACGACAGACGUCACACGCACCAUGCACUUUGGGACGCCAUCUGCUUUUGAGAAGGAAUGCUUUACCUACGUACUGAAGGGACACAUAGCAGUCAGCGCAGCCAUUUUCCCCAACGGAACAAAAGGCCACCUGCUGGAUUCGUUUGCCCGCGCGGCGCUGUGGGAGUCUGGGCUGGACUACCUCCACGGUACGGGACACGGAGUGGGCUGCUUCCUCAACGUCCACGAGGGGCCCUGCGGCAUCAGCUACAAGACCUUCGCCGACGAGCCCCUGGAGGCCGGGAUGAUCGUCAGUGACGAACCUGGGUAUUAUGAAGAUGGAUCUUUUGGCAUUCGAAUUGAAAACGUGGUUCUUGUCGUACCAGCGAAGCCCAAAUACAACUACAGGAACAGAGGCAGCCUGACGUUCGAGCCUCUGACUCUGGUUCCCAUCCAAGUGAAGAUGAUAAACACUGAGCUGCUCACCGAGAAGGAGCGGGACUGGGUGAACGAGUACCACAGGAAGUGCCGGGAGGUGGUUGGAGCGGAGCUGGAGCGGCAGGGGAGGAAGGCGGCGAUGGAGUGGCUGAUCAGGGAGACGCAGCCCAUCGUCUGAGCAGCAAACGCCUCGUUUUCACAGGGAGUGUUGUUGAUUGCUCUGCAGUGAUAAUCGCCAUCGUCAUCUUGCCUCAUCUUUUUCUGUGUCUCACACUCGGCUUUUUUUGUAAAA